AUGGAAAACUCAGGCGAAGAGGAGCUCCUUAGGCUGGAAGAUCUGCACUUUGCAGAAAAACUGACUUCAGACCAGAAGAUGGGUGUUUGUGUGGAGGAAGAGGAGGACAGAGCAGAGUCUGCAGGAUCCAUCUGUCUGUCUAUGAGGAGUGACUGGUCCAAAGAUUAUCCUCCAGACUUCAGUAAAGAACCUGGACCCUCAGACACAAAACUGACUUCAGACCAGAAGAUGGAAGAGGAGGACAGAGCAGAGUCUGCAGGAUCCAGCUGUCUGUCUAUGAGGAGUGACUGGUCCAAAGAGUAUCCUCCAGACAUCAGUAAAGAACCUGGACCCUCAGACACAAAAGUUCAGUCCAGCAGAAAGAGAGCAGAGUUUGCAGGAUCCAGCUGUCUGUCUAUGAGGAGUGACUGGUCCAAAGAGUAUCCUCCAGACAUCAGUAAAGAACCUGGACCCUCAGACACAAAACACAAACUGGGGAGGCUGGCGUUUGAACAGCUGGAGAAAGGAAACAUCAUGUUCUACCAAGAAGACCUGGAGCAGUGUGGUCUUGAUGUCACAGAGGCCUCGGUGUACUCAGGAGUUUGUACAGAGAUCUUCAAAAGAGAGAGUGUGAUCUUCCAGAAAACAGUCUACUGCUUUGUUCAUCUGAGCGUUCAGGAGUUUCUGGCUGCAGUCUACAUGUUCCACUGUUACACCAGCAGGAAGACAGAGAGACUGAAGGACUUCCUGGAAGACAGGAAAUACAGGGACUCAAUCCUGAAGUUUUUUUCCAAGAAGCUUUCUCAGUAUUUUGGAAUCAAUGACAGAUUGAAUGUCUUCCUGAAGGAAGCCCUAGAGAAAUCUCUCAAGAGUAAAAAUGGCCACCUGGAUCUGUUUGUUCGCUUCCUUCAUGGCCUCUCUCUGGAGUCCAACCAGAGACUCUUAGGAGGCCUGCUGGGUCAGACAGACAACAGUCCAGAAAUCAUCCAGAGAGCCAUCAACAACCUGAAGAAGAUGAACAGUAAUAAGAUCUCUCCUGACAGAAGCAUCAACAUCUUCCACUGUCUGAUGGAGAUGAACGACCACUCAGUACAUCAGGAGAUCCAAGAGUUCCUGAAGUCAGAGAACAGAUCAGAGAAGGAACUCUCUGAGAUCCACUGCUCAGCUCUGGCCUACAUGCUGCAGAUGUCAGAGGAGGUUCUGGAUGAGUUGGACCUCAAGACGUACAACACGUCAGAUGAGGGACGACUGAGACUGAUUCCAGCUGUGAGGAACUGCAGAAAGUUUCGACUUUCUGGCUGUGGACUCUCAGAGACUCACUGUAAAGUCGUGGCCUCAGCUCUGAAGUCCAACCCCUCCCAUCUGAGAGAGCUGGACCUGACGAAAAACAAGCUGCAGGAUUCAGGACUGAAGCUGCUGUCUGAUAAUCUGGAGAGUCCCCACUGUAGACUGGAGAUUCUGAGGUCAGUUCAUGUGCUCUUAUCUUAUGUAUAUCUACCAAAUUUAAAUCCAUUACAGGAAUUUAAAAUUUCCUUCAGUUCUCUGUCUCCCUGUUAUAUGGGUUUGUCUGAGCACAAAUCACAAUAAGUGUUGUUGUGUCAA